AGGGAUGGAAUAUCUCACAGUAGGGUGUGCCACCUUGUAACUCCAAACAGCGGCCGCAGACAACCUGUCCCCUUUAAGAGAAAUUGGGUACGAAUGAGCUCUGUAGCAAAUGCAGUGGAACAGCACAGUCGGCUAACGUUAGCCAGCUAGUCUGCUAGUGUACCUGUGAGAUACAGUGCAGAGGAAACAGAGCAGCAGGCAUCCCCUUGCACAUCCUAACAGCAAGCUGAGAGGCGUAGGAAUGGGGGUCAGUUAAUAUUUUCUCAACGGUGAUAACGAUCAAGAUGGUGUCGUGGAUCAUUUCUCGGAUAGUUGUUCUGGCUUUUGGAACCCUCUAUCCAGCCUACUCAUCCUACAAAGCUGUGAAAACGAAGAAUGUGAAAGAAUAUGUGAAAUGGAUGAUGUACUGGAUAGUGUUUGCGUUCUUCACCACGGCGGAAACGAUCACAGAUCUGCUUCUCUCAUGGUUUCCCUUUUACUUUGAGCUGAAGAUAGCCUUUGUCAUCUGGCUGCUGUCGCCAUACACAAAGGGUUCCAGCGUUCUCUAUCGCAAGUUUGUGCACCCCACCCUCUCCAACAAGGAAAAGGAGAUUGAUGAAUACAUCACUCAGGCGCGAGACCGCAGUUAUGAGACCAUGAUGCGGUUUGGCAAGCGAGGCCUGAAUCUGGCCGCCAAUGCCGCAGUCACAGCAGCCACCAAGGGGCAGGGUGUCUUGUCCGAGAAGCUGCGCAGUUUCAGCAUGCAGGAUCUGACGCUCAUUCAGGACGACCAGGAGCUGCUGGACCCUUCGGAGGAUAUGAGCACUGGCAGCCAGACCCUCCCACGCGCACGCAGCACAUCACGCCAAACGCGAUCCGCGGCGGCAGUGGCGGCUGUCGUGGCUGAGGACGCGCAUCACAGCUCCAGCGACCAGUCGGACACCAGGACCGAGCACUCGGACGAGGACGUGGUGGAGAAAACGACGACUGUGAAGCGCACGCCCAGUGUGAAGGCGGUCAAGAAACCAGCCGCCACCAAAACGGAGACGACUAAGACGGUGAAGAAACAGCCAAAGAAGAAGACCACCGCUGCAGCUGGCAAAGAGGCCGAGACGCCCUGAGCGCCCAACUCCAUCUCUGGCCCACCAACACAGACACUUACACACAGAUACACAGAUACACACACGGAGACGCUUACACACACACACACACACACACACACACACACACACACACACACACACGUGCACACAGGCAUAGGUACAUGCUGGCACGGUGCCUGGCAGUGGUGUAUUUUUCAGUCCUCUGAGACCAGCUUCACUUUAAGCAUUUUCAAUCCAUAAGUGCACCGCGCUCAAGAUUUUUUUUCUCUCUUACUACCAUAGGAUAUGUGAGGAAGGUGUGUGUGUGAGAGAGUUAAUGUGUGUUUGACAUGGGUUACAUUCAAGGGUGUCUCUACCCUAAUCUUAUUUUGUCUGUAGGCCUCAUUUCCAAGAGCAUUUCGUGUCAACCACUACACCAAGCACAGAUGAACAACAGACUCUUUUUUUUUUUUUUUUUUUCUUUUCUUUUUUUUCCCCAUCUCUCUCCACUCCAGUUGAUGUUAGCUUACCUCAUUAGAAGCCAGUGUUCUCCACCCUCACACACUCUCGUCUCUCUCAAAUAGUAACUACAGGCCAGCGCCUCUACAGCUUCUGCUAAGUAGGCCAGACAACACGGCUAGCAGCGCUCUAAAAGAGGACUCGAGGGGCCUAGCUAGCUUUCGCUUUUUUGUUUUUAGUAAGGCCACCCGCCAAAGAGAGCCGUGUCCUCAAUCGCAGGCGGCCUCCUCGGCUUCCAGUGUCCUCAAUCGCAGACGGCCUCCUCGGUGGAGAGGGAGGAAGGGGCCGAGCGGCGCUCUUGAAACGUCUGCACCAUUUCAAGCAGACGCGCUCGUCUCUGUGUAUAGCAGCACUGGGGCUCCCGUGGGUAGGACGGUUAUACUUCCCCCAUCCACUUGAAACUUUUCUAGAGAAGGGACAGGGAGUUGGUGGGUUAAAGUGACGGACGUUGCCGCGGCCCGUUUAGGUGGUUGAGCUUGACAUUUUUGUCUGUAAUCUGUUCCUCAAAAAGUGGCCUUCGGGAUAAGGGGUUUGGGGGCUACAAUGUCUGGACUACUGAUAAAUUCUUGAGGUGAGUCCACGGGAGUUGUUUUAUUAGUUUGUGCGCAAGUGCAGCGUAGUUCUCGCUGUAGUGGGCACUUCAAGUGGAGUACUACUCAGUCUCCUUUUAUUGCAAUUCAUUUGCCAUUUAGAUUUUUCAAAAAAGUACUGCAAGUUUUUAGUUUACACUGAGCAUUUUCCCUCUGACAACAGUCCUCAGACACUUUGUCCAUUCAGACAAAACUGAGGUACAUUUCAAUGCCUACUUAAUUCUUAUUUGCUUUAUGCUUGUGUGUGUUUGUGUGAGUAGACAUUCUUUUAUUUUUAGACAGUGUUAGACACAACCUCCUCUUUCAUACUCCGUUGUUAUGAAGUGACUACAAAAGUAGUACCCUCUUCCCACAACACCAACCAAUCACAUCUUCACUUCCUGUGUGAGGUAAUUUAUCGAUAUAUACAAUCCAGCUCUUGGGUAGAGGUUGGCUGAGAAAGCUCUAGAAUCUUUUUCUCAUUCUUUUUGGCAUUCUAGUUUUUAGGAAUCUACACCACCUAGUGCGUGUCUGUGGCUAGGACAUGAGACGCUUCAAUAUCUGUGUGUCAGUUCUGCUGUGAUUGUUCCUCCAUACUCUGGAGCUUGCUUACACCAGAUGUCGAUGUUUUGUUUUCUAGCUUAACUUCAAUUACAUUGCAUUCUUGCCUGGUGUUUUGCGUCGAGCCGGGCGAGUGACUCUGUGAUAUCUCACUGGAAAUGGUCACUUACGAACGCAAGUCAGGUUCAUCAGUCUGUGUCACUGUUGUAACAAAGCAUUAACUGGAUAACCGAUAUAUAUAUAUAUAUAUAUAUAUAUAUAUAUAUAUAUAUAUAUAUAUAUAUAUAUAUAUAUAUAUAUAUCAAGUGUCUUCUAUUUUUUGAGCGCUUGGAACCUCUGUAUCUGCUGUUUUUUUGAUGGGGCAACAGUCUGGCUCUUUUGGAGUACUCUGUCCUAAAGUCUCUGGAAGGGCAAGCAAUGAAGUGGGGGAAGCCACUUGUAGGUCCAGUCAGUGAAAUGCUGGUCUGGACAGUCAGUGUUAAAGAGUUGUUUACUAAUAUACUUUUGUGAAAGGGGUGUACUUAGUUUGCUGAAAUGCAACAGUUGUGGAUGGAACCCAAACAGGCAAAUCCAGAGUUUGUUUGAUCUUAACUUGCAUGAGGGAAAAGGGGACUCGUUUGAAAUAACUUGCCCUAGAGUGCAUAGCCUCCAGAAUAUCCCCGUGCCCACGAAAAAGCAUGAGACGACUGCACCUGUGCACUUGCAACAAUGGGUGGUGUAAUUGCACCAUUAACCACUAGGGGGCAUUGGUGCCCUUACCAUACAGGGGAGCGGGGGGGCGACGGCUUCAAAAACGUUUGUGAAAUUGCUGAAACAAUGUAUCUGUAAAUAUUGUUCUACUGACUGUACAAUUUGAGCUUGCUUGCCUUAUUCUCUUCAGUAGGAUUCUUGAUGGAUCUCUGUUUUAUUGUUUCUUUGGGGGGGAUUCUUAUUCAUGGUUUCUCUCUACUCUGGGAGGAAAGGUCUGUCAGGGUCUAUCCCAGUUGAAGUACUGUCCAUAUGGAAAUAUAAUUUAAAUUCUAUCUUCAUUUUAAUGCUUACAUGUCUGUCUGUUAGUUACCCCUCGUAGCGCUUUACCUAAAUUUAAGGUUUCUCAUGUUCUGGUACUUUCCAUUUAUCAGUCUUUAUGGAGUAAGUAGGCCUGUUUUUAGGCCUCCAUGGCGAACAAAGUCAUCACUGGCCAGUCUGAACCAGACCAGUGGAGCCUUCUGACCACAUAGUCAUUCAGUGGACACUGGUUUACUAAUGCAAAUGCAUGGCCUCUCAUCAAAACAUGCUCCUUUUAAAUAGCCUGCGUUUUUCAAAGUGUUUUAUUUUAUUUAUUAAAGUGUGUUUUUGAAAACGUUAUCACUUCAUCGCAUAUCUCUCUCCAGCGUAAUUGCUUCUUCACAAUAAGUAGUGAUAUGUUGGCAUCCUGCUGAUGGUGGGAGAGCAGCCUUGGAUCAUGUUAGGAUGAUGCCAUGCAUUUUGCCGGUGCGAGGACUACUGUGUUUACCCAAUAGCAACAUAAAUGCCACUUUAUUUUUAAAAUGCUAAAGCAAGCUCUUUUAAAAAAAGGUUUGCGUUCCACACAUUUGUGGAAUAGACCUUUCCUUCCCUUUAUUUGUGAUCUGUGAGCUCAAACUAAGGUGGAAGAUGUCUUCCAAAUCUGAGUAGAACAGCUUGUUUGCACUCCUCUUUCUCCCCCGAUUUGGCUCUUAAUUUGGUGUGUGUACCAUAAGAUUUCUUUUAUUUUAAGCUGCUGUGUUUCUGCACUGAAUAGAUGAUGUCUCACAUACUCAAGUUAUCGAAGGAAAAAGUAAUCAUUUCUUGUCGACAUAUCACUUGGACAUUCUUGUAUGAAAUUUUAUUUAUCAUUUUGAUAUUUAUUUUUUUGUUUCUUUUUGUUUUGGGUUUUAGUGUGUGUUUGAUAUCAGUAUUAUUGUGCAUAGGCUUUCAAUUGUGAGAGAAUACAACAUUGUAAUAUAUUAUUUGUGCCAAUUCUCAAUACUCCACUAUAAUAAAACAUAAAGUAUAAGUUCAACUUCCUGUGCAGGGUUUCUGCUAACCACCAUGUCUGAACAGUCAUGUAUCCAUAAUAAAUGCUACUAAUAAAAUACCAAUAUUACCUGG